AGAAAAUGGAAGAAAAUCAAGAAAAACUGGAAAAAUCACUGAAAAUCCCCGGAAAUAUUCUGAAGGAGCAAGCUUUGGCGGCGGAAUUUGUAGAAGUGUGCAGAGCGCCGAUCGAUGGGAUUUUUGUGUCGCCAAGUGCGAAUAAUAAGUUUCUAUGGUUCGGUGUGAUUUUCGUGCGAAAAGGGAUUUUUGGCGGCGGAAUUUUCCGAUUCAACAUUCACAUUCCGCUGGAAUUCCCGGACGCUUCUGAUCUACCACGUGUGAUUUUUGAGCAGUCAAACCUAUUCCACCCACUGAUUUGCACAAAAUCCAAGGAGUUAUGCCUGAACCGGUCAUUUCCAGAAGGAUGGAAAAAGGAAAAGCAUAGCCUGAGACGGGUACUGGUGGUUUUGCAGAGAUCCUUCUACUCAUACGACGUGGACACCGACAAGUGCAUAAAUCCAGAAGCUUCUGUGCUCUACAAAGAGCACCGUGACAAAUUUCGAGAAAUCGCCAAAGAAUGUGUGGAGGCGAGCCGCUCGAUGGUUUAUGAUGAGCUCGCCGAGCAGGAGCACGACCCUAAUGGAAUACGACUCCUGCCCUGGGACGCCCUUACGCAUAAGGCGGCUCGCGAGAAAAUGCUCCAAAUCGGUGAUAACUCGAGAUUUCAAGGCACCGCUGCAGAUUUUCGUCGGGAACAUAUUUUUAGUAAGAUGGGCUUGCAAGUGUCUGAAAUUGUCGGGAAAAGCUAUCCGAACAGCUAUUCCUGGUUUGACCCGGCCGAGAUGACUGUGAUCACCAAGUAUGAUGACGUGGAUUUGAGUCAGGUAAACCCAUCGGACAGCGCCCGCCUGGACCGGGAAAAACACGGGAUUGAGCCACUGGAUUUGGGGAAUUUGAAUUAAUUUUUAUUAUUUUAAAACAUGGUUCAAUUAUUUAAAUGAAUAAAUACAUAAAAUUUGCAA